AAGGUUUUCGAGUCUGAUGGUCAGCCCAAAAUUGUGUUUAAAGCCACAAGAUACAUACAAAAAGAUGAGGAAAUUUGCUACAACUAUGGACCAGGCCCAUAUCCAUGGCGAACAAAGAUGAAACUUUCAACUUCAAGGAACCUUCUCCAAUAUUUGCUGUAACAUCAGGGUUUGAUGUUCCUGAACCGAUGAAGAGUUGCCUGAAGAAGUUUAAGCUGGAGUUCCAGAAAAGCAUAAACAAAGAUACAACCCAUGUUGUAAUGCAUACAGUUCCAAGUGCAAGUCAAGUCUGCGACCGCAGUUUAAAAUUUUUGAUUGGAAUCUCAAAAGGGCUUUGGGUGGUUAACGAUGGGUGGUUGACUGACAGCGUGAAGGCCAACAGGAUCAUGCUAGAGGAUGACUAUGAAAUCAAAGGAGACAGUAUCAUUUCUGCUGAACAUGAGGGUCCCAGAAAGGCUAGGACUAGGUCGUCACCUUUGUUUCAAGAUUAUUCUUUUAUACUCCUGAAUUGCGAUGGAGAUGGGAAGCUUAGUCCAGGUGAUAUUACACAGAUUGUUGAAAACCUGGGUGGGAAAACCUCGGAGAAAGUGGACGACAGCGAAGGAAAGUGUAUUGCAUUAGUUUAUGAUGAUGGGGAUGGAAGCAGUACUAAGGAUGAAAGAAUUCUGCCCUUUCAAGGGAGCACAGAUAUUUCCGGUACUCAAUGCGUGACAGUUAGUGUCUUCUGGCUACUGGAUUGUGUGACUACUUUCAGCAUUUUGGAGGUUGAAGAUUACCUCUAUACAUUUGAACAACCAAAUGUGGAACAUGGAAGGGAUGCUGACAGUACUGAAGACGAAGAUGAUGACUACGUUCCAGAAAGUGAUUAUAGUAGUAGCGAAGACGACAUGACAAAUACAAGAAAGUUACAUACAUGUAUUGAGAACUUGGAGAGAAAAGUAACAGCAAAUGGGGAACGAACUGGUCCAGUGAAGGAAAAUGAUAAUACUGACCUUCUGGAGAAGACACCAGAUCUAGAAACAGCGUCAAGCGAGGAUACAUCAAGUAUAUCGACAGUCUAUCCAUCAACCACCACUCCCCAAGUUAUCAUUCAAGAACGCUUCAGUAAAUGCCAAGUUAAACAGCAGAAGUACUUUUCAUGUUUAUAUUGUGAAACAUUAGUGACCAAGUUACCUCGUCAUCUGGAAAGAAGGCAUCCAUUUGAGGACAAGGUAAAGGAAGCUUUGCAACUACCAAAGGGUUCUAAUGAACGGAGACUUGCGUGGCUGGCAAUUCAACAGGAAGGCAAUUAUAAUCACAAUUAUAAUGUUCUGUCAAAAGGAAGUGGUCUGCUCAUUCCGAAGUAUCGUGCCAGAGAACACCAACAUAAAUCAGUUGAGGACUAUGUACCUUGUGACAUCUGUUUCGGACUAUAUGUAAAAAAAGAUCUUUGGAAACAUCACAUGAAAUGUAGAAUAUCCAGAAUGGAUACAGGCACUAGUACUUCAACUUCAAAGAAACAGAAACCUGUUGCAAAUGGCAAACUAUUGUUGCCAAAGAAAGCGGAGACAGAUGUGAAUGAUAACAUUUUGUUAAAAAUGAGAAAUGAUGAAGUAAAGUCUGUAAUUCUGAAAGAUACUACACUACUUAACUUUGCAUGUAGGAUGUAUGAACAAAAUGGACAUCUGCAACACCGUCACCAGUAUUUAGCACAGAGGCUAAGAGAGUUAGGUAGGAUGUUAUUGGCUAUACAAGAGAAAAGUCCAUCUGUUGACACUAUUGAGAAGUGUUUGGAUCCUUCAAACUGGGAGGAAGUUAUUGUUGCUGUAAGAUCUGUAGCUGGCUUUAACUCCAAAACAAACCAAUACACAAUACCUACCCUUCCAUUACGAGUGGGACAGAGUCUGGUAAAAUGUGCAAAACUCUUGAAAACCAAAAGCAUUGUGAUCAGCAAUGAAGAAUUGCGCAAGAAAAUGGAAGGGUUUGUCGAACUGUACGAAAGUGAAUGGGGAGUGAGAAUUGCAGCAAAAUGCCACAACACCCUGCAUGUGGCAAAGUUUAACAAACCACAGCUUCUUCCUGUUACCAAGGAUGUGCAGAAACUACACAACUACUUAAAGCAGGAAUCUGAGAAGCUUCGCAAGGAUUGUCAGAUGGAUGAUUACAGGAGAUUUGCAGAGAUCUGUUUAGCCCAAAUCAUCUUAUUCAACAGAAAAAGAAGUGGGGAAGCAGAAAGAAUCCAUAUCAAGGAUUUCCAAGGUUUACUAAUUGACACCCAAGUAGAUGAAGAUAUUUACAGCUCUUUGACACAACUGGAAAAGGAAAUAAUCAAGUCACACAAGAGGAUAGAAAUUGUCGGGAAGAGAGGAAGUAAGGUUCCUGUGAUUCUGACUGAUGACAUGAUACAGAACCUGAACUGUCUUCUUAAGAUAAGAGAAGGAAUGAGUAUUUCUUCAGACUUCCUGUUUGGGAAAUGCAAUUCACAGUUCCCCAUUAGAGGGUCGGAUGCAUUAAGAAACCUUGCAGUCGAAAGUGGAGCAUCAAAUCCAUCAUUACUCACUUCCACCAAACUAAGGAAACAACUGGCAACAGUUUCGCAACUGUUGGGGUUAAAUGAGCAUGGACAGGAUGCCCUCGCAAAGUUCAUGGGUCAUGACAUUAGGGUUCAUAGAAGUUACUAUGAACUUCCAGAGAACACUAUGCAGUUGGCAAGGAUGUCCCGAGUCCUGCAUGCUGUCAAUGAAGGAAAAGCAAAAAAAGUUCAAAAUCUGGAUAACAUCAUUGUUACUGAAGAAGAUGUCAUGAUGGAUGAGGACGAUUCCGACUCGGAUGAAGAUCCGGAUCAAUUUGUCAAGGAUGACGACAAACAAGGUAAAGUUCUAUUUAAAAUUUGUCACAAGUGGGAAAAAUGGAACCAGAAACAAAAAAGAAACAAAACAAUGUUUUCCAUGAUUGAUAUUACAACUUCAAUAAUUAUCAUGUUGUGUUAUUUACACGAAAUUACUCUAGAUGUACUGUAUCAGUAUUUGUUUUUUAGCCUACUAUCUUAGGGCUAUUCAGUUUGCCUCGAGUCUAUGAUCCGUCCGCCUGUUAACAAUUAUUUUAUCAUUAUUUCUCCAGAAGCACCUGCAUUAAUAGAUCUUUCUCAAAUUCCAUAGGUUGGUUACCCCAUGUACUUAAGUAAUUGUGCAUAUUCAAUUUUGAGAAUGAUCAUCAGAACAAGAUGGGUCGCUAAGUAAUCAUCUUGAAUUUUGACAUUUAAAGUUAAUGUUAUUAGACAUUAUAAAAGGGAUAUGUCUGAGGUUGCAUAAGUUAGGGAUUCCUUUGUCUUUAACCGUAGUUGUGGAAAUUCAAUUUUGAGACAUACUGUAAAAGUGGAUUUUUUCGCGGUUUUGAAAUUUUCGCUUAUUUCCCUGUUAUUAAAUCUCCACGAAGAUAUCCACACGCAAAAAUAUUUCACACAACUCGCACUCUCCAUUGUAUUAUAGUAUAAUAGGUACAUGAUGUAAAACUGCAUGACUGCAGCAUGAAAAUUCCCCCCCAUCGCGAACUGUUUGGAGGCUGACUAAGCAAAAAAUUCCAUGCGCGAAAAUAUUGGCUUUUACAGUAUAUAUAUAUAUACAAACAAGAUGGCCGCCAGGUAGAAAUUGAAGUUUGUUAUCAUUAUCUCUCAGAAAGUAUAAAAGGACUGUUCUAUCUCAAAUUGUAUAUGUAGCCGAAGGAUUUCCCUUUGUUCUUAAUUGUACAUAUGGGAUUAAUUAUGAGACUGAUCAGAUGAAAAAAGAUUGACACACAGUGACACUCACCUCGCAUACACACAUCGACACAAAGCACACCAGCACAAAGCA